CGAACAUAGCUUUAAUGCCACCUCCUUAAAACUAUGACAGAGAUUUAGUGGAAGGCAAAACAUGGUGUUCCUUCUCUCUAAAAAUCCACCGUCUUCUUGAGUUCACUAAUGGAAUUCCGGCACUGCACACCACGCCGGAAUAAUCCUGUCCUUCUCAAUGAAGAAUUUUACUACACUCCAGAGACCGACUUCUACGACGGGAACAACGAAGAAAAUCAACUCCCUCAACGGUAUACGCAACCCCAGCCCAAGCCAAUACACAACAGUUCACGUUGAACGGAACAACCUCAUCUAGAGCAGGUACUCGCUUCCAACCAAAUUCAAUUACUCAACACCAUUUCAGACCCCAAAACGGGCGUAGAGCCAUAUUCGAUCCUAAUCCGUCUCCUGCUAACCGCCUAAAGGAUUACGCUCAACCAAAUCUGAUUCCUCAAAACUUGCGUAUAGCCAGAUUUAAUCCAAAUAGCAGGAAUCGGUCUCCUUCUCACUGCCUCAGAGAUUACUCCCAUCACCAUUUCAGACCUCCAGCCCAAUAUAAAACAGAAUAUAAAUCAAGAUUUGUCCUCACAACAGGGCCAAGCCGAUUACAGCGACGACACCAUCAGCAUCGACAGACAACGCCGAUCUACCAAACACAAUCUGGGGAAACAGAUGAAGGAUGGCGCACGGUCAGCUACAAGGGACGGCGCAGCGCACUUCUUCCCAACCAACGAUUCAAGGCGUCUCAGAGCCUUUACCCAGAAAACAACCGGUUCUCUCGUCUGAGAUUUGAAGACGACGAAUUAAUCCCACCCCAACUCUUCGAAUCUGAAAUUCAUUCAGAUAACUUGUCCGAUUUCAACAUCAGCCAGAGGAUUAAAAAGAAUCAAAACAAAAAGGCGAUAGGACUCGCAAGAACCCGUGCCUAUCAGCGUCGGCGUCGGAGCUAUGGAUUACCAGUACACGACGGCGGAUGCAGACUGGAGAUUACCACGACAGAUGACCCAUCCACCUCCGCGCCAGGCCCUGCAGCCGACAUACCCACCUGCGGCACUCUGUACAGCGUGGAGACACAAGGUCCAGGAUCCCUCCAACCCUUCACAUGGGCAGAUGUGGUAAGGUCCCAUACGUACAAACAAAGUGACACCGUACUUCCACUCUCAAGUCUAAGGGAUACUACACUAAAAGAAAAGUCAACCAAAUCCUUAGCACUUACGGACCCGACUGAAAGAGUUUCGGCCUCAAGAGAUGAUUUACCCAAGGUAGAUAAAUUUAUGUUCUAUGGAGAAGAAGGUUUUGAUUCUAUCAAGAUUGGAUCAAAGAUCUUUAGAUUAGCUGCCAGGAAAAAUGAUAUGGUUAUUUUUGAAAUUAAAAAAUCCACACUACAGAGGAUUGAUUUCAAAUUAGAGCUUGCACCUGAGAUCUAUAGUUUUAUCCACCAACUCACAAGCUCGGAAAAUUUUUAUCGCGGAGAGAGCAGAAAAUUCGGACCUAUCACGGUCUCAUCGGAGCUCAACGAUUCAGGUUGUUAUGUUAGGAUUGCAAAAGAAAGGGGGAGCUCAAUUCUAGUCCCCAUAGGCCCACACAAUUCAUAUCUCAAUGACUUUUUGAGAUUAUUUUCCAACUUUGUUGGAUUAUCUUAUAUAGAGCAGGAGGCUCUCACGCAUUUGGAGCAUGAAUCUACGCCUACUGAGGAUAUAACUAUUUCCAAAUUAAUAUUCAACUAUGAAGUUCAGAAAGCUUAUGGCGAGAAGCAAGACCCCCUCUCUUUUGAGAAACAGCCACAAAUUCCACUUAUUCAGGCGUACUCUGAUGCCUCGGACAACUUUGAUCAUUCUGAUGACUCUUACUUUUCAGACGAUUUUCUAGGACAUGCAACCGAAAGUGAUUGUCGCCCUCCUAUAUCAAACCGGGAGGAAAUUAAGAACUCCAAAUUCAACAGAACAAUUUGUCGUAAAUCAAAGCUCGUCACCUAUGAAAACUGUCUGCCAACAGACAACCUGAACACGCAACUAAAACUUUACAGGAAAUCUCAGCAAAACAAAAGGCGACAUAGCAUGAGAACUAGAUCGCAAUCCAGAGAUUUCCCUUGGGUC